AUGAGUAGACUGUCCUUGCUGCUCUUCACAGUGUUUCUUUUGGACACCUUGAUACCUGUCUGUUUACUAGAAACGACCGAAGGAAAUGAUUCCAAAAAACCGCAUAUUAUUAUCAUCCUCGCAGACGAUUUGGGCUGGAAUGAUGUAAGCUUCCAUGGUUCCGACCAGAUACCUACGCCAAAUAUCGACGCUCUCGCGUAUAAUGGAAUAAUUCUAAACAAUCAUUAUGUAUCACCAAUGUGCACACCAAGUAGAGCAGCCUUAAUGACUGGGAAGCAUCCUAUCCAUACGGGCAUGCAACAAGAUGUUAUAUAUCCGUCAGAACCACGUGGACUUCCAUUAAAAGAGAAGUUGAUGUCGGAGCAUUUAAAAGAAUUAGGUUAUUCAACAAAUUUACUGGGUAAAUGGCACUUAGGUUACUACAAACAGGCAUAUACGCCGCUUUGCCGGGGCUUCGAUACGUUUUUUGGUUCUUGGAGUGGUCUCCAAGAUUAUUAUAGUCAUGAAGCAGUAGAGCCAUUGACAUAUUUUCGAGGCGUGGACAUGAGACGGAAUAUGGAAGUCGUGUGGGACACAAAAGGCAACUAUUCAACGGAUCUCUACACCAAGGAAGCAGUACGCUUAAUUAAUGCUCACAAUCCCGAUAAACCAUUAUUUUUAUACUUGGCACAUCUUGCAGUCCACCGUGGAAAUCAGGAGCACUUACUAAAAGCUCCCCCCGAAGAGAUUGAAAAAUUCUCCUACAUCGACGAUCCAAACAGAAGAACUUAUGCUGCUAUGGUUUCUAAAAUGGAUGAAAGUGUCGGCCAGGUCGUGGAAACCUUGAAAAAUCGCAAUAUGUUAGAUAAUAGCAUUAUUCUUUUCAUGUCUGAUAACGGAGCCCCUACUGAUGGUUUUCUGUAUAAUUACGGCAGUAAUUAUCCUUUACGUGGAAUUAAAGCUACUCCUUGGGAAGGUGCUGUGCGAAGUAUAGCCGCAAUCUGGAGCCCUCUGAUCAACAAACCCGGGCGUGUCUCGAACGAUUUGAUAUACAUAGCCGAUUGGUUGCCCACUUUAUUGUCUGCCGCCGGCGGAAGCAAGGAAAAAAUUGGCAAGAUCGAUGGCUUUGAUAUGUGGCCGACGAUUGCAUCCGAUGAGAUUAAUUCCAGAGAAGAAGUACUGAUAAACAUCGAUAAAACUUACCAGGCCAUUCGUGAUCGCAAAUACAAGUACGUACAUGGUCAGACCACGCAAAGCUCUAAAUGGAUAGGAGAUAGCGGAAAAAAUUCGACUGAGAAACGACCACCGUAUACUUCUGAGACAGUGUUGCGUAGCAAAACAGGAGCUGCCAUUGCUUCAGUGACUAACAAUAUUGCUGAACUUAAUUCUCAGAAGAUCCUACAGUUAAGACAGCAGGCGGAAGUCCAUUGCAACGUUACGGAAAAGGAACAGGUUGCAUGUUAUGCAUGGGCUGUGCCAUGUCUCUUCGACCUAGAGAGGGACCCUUGCGAGAAAAUAAACAUCAUUGCAAAAGAACCCUUCAUUGCGGCACAAUUGAAGGCACGUUUGGUACGAUAUAAAUUAACUAGCGUAUUGCCAAACAAUAAAUUACAUGAUUUAAAAGCAAAUCCUAAAUGGUGGAACAAUACGUGGGUGUCCUGGCAGGAUUCCUAUCCACUGGAACCUUUGCAAAAUUCCUGCUGA